AUGCCUGGUUUUUGUCGACGCAAAGAAAGAUCUCAGACUUCAGCUCUGGAUGCUUCAUGGAUUCUGCCUUCAGAUGAAGGAAAGCAGAAUGAUACCAUUCCAACAACAUCAAACAAUGCAUUGAAGGACACUUCUACCACGUCCAUCGACAAAGACAUCGGGGUUGAACAAUCAAUCCCGAUUAUCACCUCAUCAGAUUCCAGCAACUUCAAAGAGCAUCAGGAAAUUACCACUGAUCUCAGGCAACGAGGCUUCACAGGGGCAAAUGAAAGUCCCUCAUAUAUCGCAUCCGCAUAUCGCGACACAGGUCAAGCCGCGCUACGCGAAGCAACAUUCCUCAAUGUGGCUGGACGAAAGUCCGGAAUCGAGUCUAUCAGCAGGUAA